AUGAAAAGUGUGAAUGGCAAUUCCCACAAACUCCCCACACACUGCACAUCACACCAUGAUGAUAGACCCAUUACCACCAAAACAACAUCCAAGAAACUGAAAACGUUGCAAAUGAAGAGACCGUCGGCUCAUAGGCAUGAUAAUAAAGGCGCUUCAAAGAAUAAGAAACUCGAAAAACAAUGUGCCGAGGAAGCUGGAAUUCCAGACAAUCGAGUUCAGUACGGCAAAUUAGUUGAAUCGGUUGAGCAUCAGUAUAUCAAGAUCCCCGAUGCUCACAUUUUGGAGGUUCCACCUCGGCCUUCUUCUGGCUGGUCAGCGACGUCCCUCACCAAAGAGCUAUGGCAAGGCACCAUCAAGGUAGUUGAACGAGGGGAUCAUACAUUUCUGCUUUUGCUAGAUCGUGUGACCGAUGAACUCUUUGCAGUGUGCCCGCUGGAGGAAGAUGAAUUGGAACGCUGUGCAGAUUCCAGCCGAUACUUCAUUCUCAAAGUCAAGAAUCCCAUAGGAAUAGCCUUUAACGAACGGAACGAUGCCUUUGACUUUAAGGUGGCAAUUGCGACUUCGAAGAAGGAUCGGGAGGAGAGAAAACUGGAGUCGGAACAGCCAGUCGGCAUCCUCAAGAAAAAGCCAGUCAAACUACCCUUUCUGGGCGACAAAGAAAAGCUGAAACCACCAAAGAAUGAUACCAAGGACAGCAGAAGAAACGCUUCCCAAGAAGAAACCCAGAAUCUGGAUUUUGCCAACUUUGAUUACUUUGAUGAUCCGACUGAGGUCAGACAGAAGCGAGAAAGUAGCACGCUGUUCUCGAGGCUCCUGUGCUGUGCUACCUACUAG